AUGGUUGCGCAAACUCUCGUGCAGACACCACAACAUCCCGGGCGCACUGGGCGUGGCUCGGAGAGCGAUAGUUCGCUCGAUGAAAUUGCUGAGCAGAAGCAGAAGCUCUUCGUGACAGCGCUGGGAAAGCAUGGAAAAGAUCUCGACAACUCGGCCUCCCCGAAGCGAUGGAAGAGCUUUUGGACUUCCUUCCGAUACUUAGCUAAUCUAAGUCCGAAGGAGGUCGACGAUUUCAUGGCGUCAUAUGUCAUUUACAAUCUGGAUUGGUCCGACGAGAAGCAAAUGACUGAGGUCCUGGGCCCCAAUUACCAGGAGAAAGUUGGAGAUUGUUUGAAGUCAUACUAUGGAGUGCUUAACCACCUUUGCGCGCUCGGCGAUGUGGAAAAAAUGUAUAUCCCACCGUGGAUGAGCAAGAAGGCCUCUGUUUUGGAGAACCAAAUUCUCUAUGAGCGAUCAAUUGCGCAAGACAUUGGUCUUUCAGCUGGCGACAAAGUAUUAGAUCUUGGCUGUGGCCGUGGGCGCGUCGCGGCGCAUAUGGCGCAAUACUCUGGCGCAAACGUUACAGGUCUCAACAUCGAUCCCAACCAAGUCGCGCAAGCUAAAACCUUCAAUGAGGAGCGCGGACUGCAGAACAACUUCGUCCAGCAAGAUUUCAACAGCCUCCCCCUUCCAUUCGAUGACCAGAGCUUCGACGCUUUCUACCAGAUCCAAGCGCUCAGUCUAUGCAAGGACCUGCCCGCACUCUUUACUGAAAUCUUCCGCGUCCUCAAGCCUGGCUCCAAGAUCUCCCUUCUGGACUGGGUCAGCCUUCCUGCCUACGAGCCCGAGAACCCCGAACACGCUGAGCUUAUGCGCCGCGUCAAGCCUCUCAUUGGGGCCGUCGGCACCCCAACCCCGGAGAGUAUGGAGAAUGCCCUAACUGGAGCUGGAUUUGAGAUCGUGCGCUCGGAGAACGCCAGCAUGGAAGGAUUGCAGGCCCCGCUGAUCGACACCGUUGACCUUUACUUCCGUACUCUGCGCCAGGUUAUCCUUGGCUUGGUUAAGCUGCGUGUUCUGCCACGCCACUUCAAGACCCUCAUCAAUCGAUUGUGUCUUGAUGGUCAAGCGUUUGUCAAGAUGGAUAACAUGCGCCUUGCCACAACAAGCUAUAGCAUCAUUGCACAGAAGCCUAAGGCAUAA